CGAGGACGCCAAUGCACCGCUCGACUCCCUCCUUCGCCUUCAUCGUCGGUCGUAGAAAGCUCUCAACCAGACGAUGGUGGUCGGAGCGCAACGCUCCUGCUGGUGGCUUUUCCACUCGCGCAGUCUUCUGGCCGGACCGGACGCCGCGAUCUCGCCCCGCAUCCGCACGAAAAACCGUCUCUGGUCCCGCGGCCCCAACGAAAGCCGAUAAACCCGGCGGGCAUUUUCCGGGUCUCCGCGCAACAGUUUCGCUCGACGUGGUGCUCGUUUAACCCCGCUCGCUCUUGCAAUUGUCUCGGAGAUAGUGCACUUGUGUAUUUGCAUUUCAAGCGCCAGUCGAUGUGAGGACGGUGGUUUCAUGAGGAAUUAGCGAAGAAUCAGCGGAGCCGAGAGAGACAGUGCCAACAUGCGGGAGAAACGAUGGCUGCUGCUACUGGCUCUGUACGGAAUACUAUUGGUCCACGCGGUCUCCGCAGCGCUCAAGACUAGGCCGAAAUUUAAGAUUGCAACGUCCACGACAACGACGACGACUACCGAGGAGCCUCAAGUGGAGGAAAAUGAGAAUGCAGGUUCAGAGACGACGACAGUCGGGAUCGAAACGAACGGAACGACCGGGCACACUUUAACGGGAAUUCCGCAGAUUGAUUACAUAUGGGAUCCGAAUCUACCGCGCGAAUUGAACGGCUACAAUCUCAGCGAUUAUCCAUUCUACAACAGCAUACCCGAGGAUAUUGACUUCAAGUGCGACGGCUUGCACGACGGUUUCUACGCCAGCGUGCCGCACAAAUGUCAGGUCUACCAUCACUGUCUCUUCGGCACCCGCUACGACUUCCUGUGCGCCAAUUUCACGGCGUUCGACCAGAAGACCUUUAUCUGCCACUUUGUGUCCGAGGUCGACUGCGCGAACUCCAAGAAAUACUGGCACAGGAACGACGCCCUUUAUCAAGCGGCCACGACUACGACGACCACCACGACCACCGUGGCGCCGGUCACGGCGCCGACCAGUCGAUCGGCCGCGCGCGACAGGAUUCCGCCCAGGAGGAGACCGCCGGCGAGGAGGCGGCCCUACGAUUACUACGAGGAGGAUUAUUACGACGACGAGUACGGUCGUCCGCGGGACUUCGCCGAUCGGGACGACUACGAGUACGACGACAGGAAGUACAGACGGGAUAGGGAUCGCGAGUUCCGGGAUCGGGACCGCGAGCGUGACUUCCGGGACCGAGACCCGCCGCGCGGCAGGGAUGGAUCCGGCAGAGACGAUAGGGAUCGAGACGCCGCCAGGGAUAGAUAUCCAAGCAGAGGCAAUCGGCGAGAGCCACCCAGGUCGAGGGACCAGCUGGAGGAUGAUUCGAGGCCACGUGGGAGAAACCCGGAUCCGGGUGUCAGAUCGACGUCGAGGGAGGCGGACGAUUCGGACGUGUACGACAGGCGAACGGAGUCGAGAAACAGAGAGACCGACGAACGGCGAUAUCCCGAUAAGAGAUAUCGAGACGAUUACGAGGAUAAGGAAGCCGCAGCGCCUUCGGCGAGCGCAACGUCAAACGCGGAAGGCCUGGUGAAGCCGGCCGCGCCUAGCAGUUCAGUUUACGCGAGGCCAAGGACGCCGCCUAAGAUCAGAAGACCGGUGCCGCUCUCGGAGCAAGAUAGAUACGCGUACAAAACCACCCCCGCGCAGCCGACAGAGGAGCCGCGGCGGCGACCGGCAGACUUGAUAGAGGACGAUUACUACGAUGACGAGCUGGAAGAUGUCAGACCGAUCAGGAGACCGUUGCGAAGGAGGCCCUCGUAUAGGGACAGAGAGAGGGACAGGGAUAGAGAUUUCUACGAAACUCGGGACCGGGAUCGUCCCCUCAGAACUCGCUAUCACUCGCCGCCGGAAGAGAUACGACUCAGGACGCAUCAGGAUCGCUCGAGAGACCGCUACUACGAUCGAGACAGAGACCGAAAUAGAGAUCGAGCUCUCGAUCGCGGCAAGGACCGCGCUGUUGCCGAGAGACCAUCGGAUCGCGAUUCGCGGGGAAGAUCGCCGGACUCCGACAGACAGGAGCGACCGUAUUCGCCGCGGGUUCUCGAUCGCGAAAGGGAUGGUGAGCGGCCGCGAUCGUCCUCGAGAUCGAAGGAUCUAUCGGACACCGCUGAAACAACCAGAAGACCGAGCACUUACGAUCGAACGACCGAAAAAGCAACCACUACCACAACCUCCGCCACGACUACUACAACGACUUGCUUACCGGAACAGCUUAUUCCCAAAUCCGAAGUGGACUCGAAGGACGCGGUGACCGAUCGAUCAGAGAAGCCGUCCUAUCCGGAACGACCAGCGAGACCAGCUGUCCAGGCUCAAGGCGGUCGUGUAGCGAGCGACGCUCAAGAUUAUUACAGAAACUUGUCUGAAAAGUCUCAGAAACCGACUCAGCAAACAGAUUACCAAGACAAAGAAGACGGCAGGAAUGAACAAAGUCCUCAGGUCGUGUACUCGGAUGAGUACUCGUCGGAGUAUUACGACGAGCCGCUGGAAGAUCCGCCGUCUCCACCUCCACUACCUCGGACUACCGUUCGAAUCGUUAAGAGACCCUUCCUGCCGUCCCGAGGCGGCAAUCCAAAUCCGAGAGGAUUAUCACUGGUCGGCUCGAAAGCGCCGCAAGCGCCGCCGAGAAGAGAUGAAGAGGCGCCGACGGAUCACCGAUCCGCCUUGAACGAGAACGAGCACAAGAUUUACUACGCGCAGGAGGAGCAAGACGGAAACGUCGAUCAUGAGGAGUCGUACUUGAAGCCGGACACCAAGCAAACGUACGAUGCUUACAAGACCGUUCAGAGCGAUCUUCAGAAAAAGCAACGGCAAGACGAGUACGACAGCGUGAUAUCCAGGCCCGCGUUACGAAGACCGAUGGAGAAGAAUAACGACGAGGAGGUCUCGAAGGGCCCGGAGGAUCUGUCGAAUUCGUCCAAAGGCUACGCCAUCCAGGACCAAUCGUACGAUCCGCGCAAUCAUCAGACCGACAGUUCGACGUCCAAAUGGAUAGAGGAUUACUCGAGCGACAAGUACGCGAACGUGCCGACAUCCUCGGGCUCGCCGAUGCGCAGUAAAGUCAGGGUGCCCACCGAGACCACCUCGCCGAACGUCUACAGCUCGACGUACAAGAACGAGGAUAUCCAGGAUCUGCCCAGCGGUCCGGGCAGCAGCUAUCGCGCCAAGCAGAGGAUCAACGAAGUGACGCAUCGCCUGCAGGAUAUCCCCGAAAGCGAGUACGACGUCACUUUGAACGACGCCCUCACGCCAACUUUGAUUCAAGAGGCAAAUCUGCCGAGCGGAUUCGUCCUGCCGCUGCACAGACAAUUAACGGGCAGGGACGCCACGCUGCAGCCCUCCGAGAACAAUUACAAACUCUCUCGACCGGUGAAUCAACAGCAUCAACAGCCGCCGCAGAAAUCGUUCGUCCCGAAUCCGCCGUUCCUGCCGGCGAGCAUCGGCAAUCACGAUCGCGGCCGGAUGCUGUAUUACAGAACGCCGGAGGCCGUACAGGUCAGCGGGGCGCAGUACAGACAGCACAGACCGUGGCAAGAUUACACCGCGUACUGACGCGGACGUGACAGCGAAACGGUACACCGUUUACGAGGGAGCGUUUCACGACCGGCCCGCACAUCUUGGCCGCGCGAGAGCGUAAACGACUUUUGUAAUUUAUACCACCACCGAUCGACUUGUACUUAGGAAAGACACUUUCGUGGGAGAAACGCAUCUCCGCGCGCUUCUUUCUUUUAUGAAACUGGCUUUCCGCGAACGGACAUCGCGCCUCUCGACACUUAGCCCUGUUGCAAUCCGAUUGAUUAGUGUCCUUCGUUCCGAAGAACGCGCGACGCCGUCGCGCCGCUCCGCGGGCAGGCGAUAAUCUGUGAACGAUUCAGCUAGGUAUCUGCUAAGUUUCGAAGAGUUAUUAAAUUAUUGUAUUAAAAAUUGGCAUGCAAAAGAGACGAGAUCUCUCUUUGUAAAAAAAAAAUCGCACAGCGAAUGGCGCCACGCCAUGCUUCUAGAAAGGAAAACAUAGUGAGAUGUAUAACAAUGAGAUAUUAGUCAUCCUGAUACUCAUCAGUACUCUCAUCGCUACUCACAUACACAACAAAGAAAAGAAAAAAAAAAUAGAAUUAACAUUCAACAGUUUUGCAGCGAUGGUAGAUAAUUCGUUCCGAGAUCUUCGCGAGGGAAAUUCUGAAUGAUUGCUAGAUCCGAUUACAAUUGAUGCAGCAUACGACAAACGUAGCGUGCGUCAUAUGAUAAGCUCGAUGUUUCCUCUGAAUUAGCAACGUGAUACAGUAACUAAACUUGAAACGUGAUAUACAGUCUAACGAUUUAAUACACGAGAUCAUUCGUGUUGGCCGGAAUCGGAGUCUUCACUAGCGUACCAGAGGUGUUGAAAAAACGUAUCCUUCUCUUUCCUAAUUUCAAUCGAAACUUGUAAAUAAAUAAACGUACGAUUCUAUCCUGUUCACAUUCAUCCAAGUUAAAUUACAAUUAAAAAUACGAUAAACGUGGUUCUCUAAAAAAAAAGCUGUAUACAUUAAGUUUUAUCUCGAUAGAUAUUGUUAGCGGAUAAGUCUUCCUGAGCGUAUAUCUUGUCUUAAAGCUAUGUCGAUAUUUACGAUAUAAAAGAGUGAGGAAAUAUACUUAUCGCUGUUAUCGAUUGUCCAUUUUUCACCAGCCCUCGACAGCUGCUAUAUGAAAAGAACUUACAGACAUGAAAAGAAUUUUUAGAAAUAUUCGGUUGGAGAAAUUUCGGAGACCUUUAUUAUUGUAGGACAAAUGGCAAAUUACACAACGGAAUAUCUGACACUAUACGAAACAUUGAUAAAUGUUACAAACACAUUACAAGUCCAAAUUCUACGGUCGUAAAGACAAUCGAACAGUUUCGUUUUAAGCGACAAUUUUUUUUUGCUGAACCUUAAAUAACGCUGCUACUUACGCUGCCUGCGUUAGCCUGCGGAAUAUACAUAUAGAGCAAUGAAAAUAUAUCGAACAUCAUCAGUCAAUGCAAUGAUAUAUAACACUUGCACGGAAAAAUACGUCGAAAUCAGAUCGUUCAUUGUGCUGAAAAAAUGCAGUGUUUCGAUCAACAAUAAUAUAAAAUACAUCACAGAGAAUCAUGAUUCAAAACUUAACGGAGCCACGCAUACACAAAUUGUGAAUUGAUGGUUGUAAUUUUUUUUUUUUUUUUCGGCGAAAAAGG